AUGGCCAUCAUCUCAGAAGCAUUGAUCUCAGUCUGGUCACAUCUGCCAGCCAUCCUCGUCACCCUUGUUAUAUUUCACUUUACGCGCAAAUAUCUCAACCCAGGAUUAACGUCCAUCCCCGGGCCAUUACUAGCGAGGAUAACGAACCUCUGGAGGUUCAUCGAUGUCGCCAAUGGCCGUUCAGAAGUGACGCUCCAUAACCUUCACCAAAAACACGGGGACUAUGUUCGACUAGGACCCAACGUGGUCAGUGUGCGGAAUUUGGAUGCCCUGAAAACAAUAUAUGGUAUUAAUAAAGGAUAUCAAAAGACAAACUUCUAUUCUGUUCAGCAGCAGCUUGUCAAAGGAAGACCAACGCCUACACUAUUUACUACAACUGAUGAAGUCUUUCAUGCUGCUAUUAAAAGACCCGUCUCGUCAGCUUACUCAAUGAGUACUCUGACUGAAUUCGAGCCUUUUGUCGAUAAGAUCAUUCAUACUUUAUUUGGGAGAUUGGAUGAGUUCGUAGCUGAAGCAAAAGUCUGCGAUAUUGCUGCUUGGCUACAGUACUAUGCAUUUGAUGUCAUCGGAGAAUUGACAUUUAGUAAACCACUCGGGUUUCUUGAGAAAGGGAAUGAUGUCGACGGAAUCAUCGUCGCAUUGGAGCAUACGCUUGACUAUGUCGGAAAGAUCGGGCAGAUGCCAUGGCUUGACUACCUUUUCAUCAAGAACCCUCUCAGAAGCUUCUUGACGGGGGGAUCGACCGGGGCUGUGGCUCGCUUUGCUCGCGCAAGACUAGACGAACGAUUGAAGCAGAAAAGCACACCAGUGGCCAAGACACACCAAGACUUUCUCGAUCAUUUUCUGAAAGCGAAAGACGAGCAUCCGACUAUUGUGGAUGACAACCAAGUCCUCUCAUAUACGAUCAGCAAUAUGAAUGCUGGCUCCGACACAACGGCGAUAUCUCUCCGAGCAAUACUUUAUUACACCCUCAAGAACCCGCCAGUAAGUAUAAAGCUGCACCAAGAGCUCACCAUUGCCUUGAAAGAAAACCGGAUCUCGGUACCUGUCUCAUGGAAGCAAAGCCAAGAGCAACUCCCUUACCUCGAUGCCGUGAUUAAAGAAGCAUUACGUCUUCACCCGGCCGUGGGAUUGAUGCUUGAGCGAGUUGUGCCCGCCGAGGGACUCCAGCUUCCUGACGGCGGCCCAUUCCUACCGGCCGGGACGAUAGUUGGUGCGAAUCCGUGGAUAGUACAUCGUCAUCGGGUCUUUGGGGAGGAUGUGGAGUCGUUUGUUCCGGAACGGUGGCUCAAAAUGGAUACCGAGUCCGAGGCCAAUUUCCUGGACAGAAAGCAGAAGAUGCUUCGUGCGACGUUCACUUUCGGAGCUGGACCGAGGACCUGCAUUGGUAAGAAUAUCAGUCUGCUGGAGAUUUAUAAGCUGAUUCCAUCGCUGUUUCUGAGAUACAAGAUUGAAUUCAAUGAUCCUAGUGCAGAAUGGGAGAUUGUUAAUGCGUGUAGUAUCAUGAAGUUGGACAGCGGCGACCAGGGGAAGGACUCGAAAGAGCGACUCACUCUUUAUUUUAUCUAG